AUGACAUUAAAGAAACAUGGCGGUUGGAAAUCAUUAACAGUCACUGAAGGCUACGUUGAUGAAUUAGUAGCACGCAAGACAGAAAUAGCUAAUAAAAUGUUUAGAACGUUUGGUAAUUUCAUUGAAGGAGCAUCUUGGAGCGACAUUUCUGGACAGAACUGUUCCCUUGACUGGUAUGACGUCAGUCCAACUUUAAUAUUAGAACAAAUCAUAAAUGCCGAGCAUCCAAAUAUGUAUAUGCCGUUAGCCGUUCUACAAGCUCAAAGAAUAUAUGAAAUGCAACCCAAUGAUGUUGAUCUGGUAGCCCUAUAUUUGAAUAUCUUAGUUCAACAAAAUAAUGACAUUAACAUAACACAGUUAUCUCAACUCGUAGAUGCUGUAAUGAAAAUUCCUCAAUCGGUCUUAAAAGCGUCACAAGAAAGUUACAAAAGCACUGAUAAAAUUUUGAACAAUUUGCUCGAGAUUUUAAGAAAAACUAAUUUUAUUGGAACCGUCACCCAGGACUAUUUAUCUAUUACAUCUUUUUCCAUAGACACCUUCUACAGCGAUUCUAUUAUUUGGAGGAAAGUUAAUGAUACAUACAUUGUGGAUUUCUUUAACGCAACUGACAGUAAUAUCAUAGAUGAAGAAGCAUUUGAAUCGGGUAUUAUUUUGAAUCAAGAAAUAAUGAAAGAUAUAAAUAAUAUUUCGAAUAACAAUAGUCGAAUAAUAAUCAUAGCUUACUUCAAACCUACGCUUUUCAACGAAUAUUUCGUGAGAGACUAUAAAUCAAUUAUAUACAGUACACUAUUUCUUAAUAUGAAUAUAUCUUCAAAAAAUAACUGGGACAAUCUUUUAGUUGUUAUUUACAACAACUUUAGUUCUAAUACGUUCAGUUGUUCUUAUUGGAAUGACGGAUUUUGGAUACAUAAAACCACAAGCCAUUCCGAUUCAAAGAUACUCUGCAGCUUCAAAAAUACUAUAAACGUUGGAUUAGUUUCUACUACUAAUAUAACUGCCCUUCUAGAGGAACUACAGAAAGAUAUAUCUUGUUAUGAUAGCAUCUCAAAAACUUUGAUGUACUUGAAAAAAUAUUUGUCACUAUUUCAACCUAUUGAUGUUAGUAUCGUAUAUCUGAUAUUAGAUAAAUGUAAAGACGAAGAUUUAUUUCAUAUACACAUGAAUAUAGUGAACCAACUACUGGAUCUACCAGUUAAUAUCAUUCAGACUGCCAGAACAGAGUUUAAUGCGAAUAUUUUACAAACUUUCGAACAAAUAUUAAUAGGAUAUAAUCGUGAGUUUCCACUUACAGAAUUUAAGAAUUUCAUGGUUGCAAUACAGGAUAUAGAUCAAAAGAAUUUAACAGGAUUAUAUAUUUCGUGCAACAAAAAUAAAUGUUCCGUAAAGAUGAUGCAUAACUAUUCAUAUAUACCAGAAGAAAGUGAGAUCUACCUUGUGUUUGAUGAACAUCUCCUCGAUCAGCUUAUAUCGAACAAAAUCCCAAGAAUUAUUAUUACUUUAUUUGCCAACGAUGCUUUUUUCCUCACCAAAUCCGAGUACGGCGAAAAAUCAUUUUCAAUAAUUAUAGGUGUAACUAUCCCCGGGUUGGAUAUGGAAUUGGAAGGGAAUAUAUCUGUUACAUAUAAAUUGCAUUCCGAAGUGGUGGAUAAAACCUGUGAAUAUUGGGACGACUAUGAGCAGAAAUGGGUUGUAUCAAGUCCAGGGAUAUCAAUGAACAAUCAAAGUUACAUUUGUACAUUUUCGAAAACAAGUUACUAUGUAUUAGCCUUCAACGCGUUGAACGUUACCAACUUAUUGGAAACACUUUUGAAUUCAAAGGAGAAUAAUCUAGACAUUUUGGAAGGCAUCGAAAAUAUCACAUCUAAACAUCUAGCGAAAUUAGAAGCAAUAGAUAUUUCGCUAAUUGCCAUUUACUUCCAGACAAUACAAAAUGAAGAUGAGUUAGGAUAUGACGAAAUUGAUAUUUCUAUACAAAUUAUCAACAAUCUUAUGCAUGCUGCGCGAUAUAUCAUACAACAAGCUGAAUCAGACUUCUACGCAUCAAGCAAAAUAUUGAUGUUUUUAAAAAAACAAAUGACUAAAAUAGAAACAUCACAAACAUUCUGUAGCACCAGAAUCAUUGUGACAGUAUCAUAUAAUACAAAUGUUUCCGGAAUCGAGAUAUACGACGAUAAAAAUUUCUGCAAUUAUGAGUUAAUAGAAAAGAGCCAUGAUUAUGGUAUAAACACCACAGGAAUAGUAUUUAGUGAAGUGGAACAAAUCUCAAAUUCGGAUCAAAAAAUUAUCAUCAUCGCAUUCUAUAAUGACGUAUUUUUCUAUGACGGAGCUGUUAAUAAUCUUGAGAAAAAUAUAAUGACGAUUGGAGUAUUAGUACCCGAUAAUACAGUUAACAAAUUCAACGAAGAAAUAUCUGUAUUUUAUUCCAAUAUAACAAAUGAUCUCAAUACUAUAACUUGUGUUAGUUGGGGGUUAUAUGACCCGAAAAACAUAGCAGAUGGAUUUUGGGAAUUACAAAGAAAAUUAUCAGACGAUUACUCUUGUAACUAUUUCAAAGAAGGUUGGUAUACAUUGUGGACGCAAGAUCAACAGAUAAAUGUUACGUUGAUGUUAGAAGAUAUUAAAGAUGGAUCAGUUGAGAGAAAAUUAGAUCAACUCGAAGCAGUUACAUCUUUUUAUGAUAGCUUCUCCUCUCACGACGUAUUUUUGAUGUUAAAUAUAUUAUAUAGAUGUACCGAUUUAACCACAGAUUCAGGUACGCUAUCAGUUUUAGGAAGAAUAAUAAUUAAUUUUUCCAAAAUACCGAAAGAUGUUAAAAAAAACUCUCAGAAACAAUACAAAACCAACGCAAUCAUGUUAAAUUUCAUAUCUAAACUGGCUACUUUAAUAGAUACUAACAUCAAUUAUAAUAUCAAAAAUUACUUCCAAAUAUCAGUUUGUAACCUCUCUGAGAGCAGUAGCAUUAUUAUAAUGGAUGAAAAAAUCGAUUGCUAUACUUUAGAAGAAAAUAACUAUAAUUAUAGUUUACGUCUAGAUUACUAUCCGUAUAUACUAGUGAAUCCUGAGGUUCUCACAGUAACAAUUUUUAAAAACAACGAACUGUUUCAAAAUGAUGAAAAUUACGAUACUUCGGAUAUAAUACAUCUUUCAUUGAAAUCAUAUUAUAAUCAGUUAAGUACUUUCACCGUGGAAUUCAAUCAGGUUCAAAUACAGAAAAUGGAUUAUUCGUGUGCUUGUGGAUCAGGUUAUGGAACAUCCUCAGAUCAUAACUGGAUGUAUUUUAAAACAAUAAGGAAUGAUUUUUUAACAAUUUGUGAAGUUCCAAAUCUAGUGACAUGUUCAUACGUUUCAUUGGUGAAUCUUAGCGUUACUGAUAUACUGUCAGGCAUAUAUUAUAGGAGUGGAACUAGUAACAAGCUUUUAUUAUUGGUGAACGUUCUCACUUAUUAUCAGGAUCAACUGCAACUUUCCCAUAUAGAGAAAGUUUAUGACAUAUUGAAUAUUUGCGAAAUCGGAGACGAUAAGGAUUUAGACAACUUGGCAGCUAUUGUUGAUGUUAUAAUGGAUUUGGAUAGAAACAUUUUGGCUUCGGCGCGUGAUAAUUUUACAGAAGAAUUACAUAACUGCAUCGAAAAAUUGAUCAAACAAUUUAAAGGUGAAACUAGAAUAUUGCAAUAUACAAACUUCGCCGUACUUAUUGGAUCAGAUAUUACUGGUAUAUUGUUCGAAGAAUCCAACUCUUCAAUGUAUUCCAUUAAAAGAGUUCUUACUGAUGAGUUUGAUACGUUAUAUACCUCAGACAUAACGUUGAUCAUAUCAAGUUUCAUGGUAGAUGAAUUAGAUACUGAAUAUACAAAAGUGUACCUGACAGUUUAUUUUAAUGAUGCUUUAUUCAUCGGAAGGUUGAAUAUGGCAUUCAAAAAGUAUGGAAUAAUAAUUGGAUUAGAGUUUGUAGAUCAAACCAUAGGAGACUAUAUGAAGAUAUAUUUCGACAACUACCAAAAUAACACAAAUGUCUGUGCGUACUGGAACCAUCAAAUAAUUGAUACAAACAUUCAAACUUGGUAUUGGGAUACAGUCAAUCAAAGUCUUUGUGAAAACAGAAAAGGCAUAAAAUAUUUCGCUGUAUUAGAGAGCUAUAAUGUUACCGGCAAAUUGGAAGAUAUUUUUCAGUCCAAUAGUUCAACCGAAGAUCAACUACAAGAAGUUAUAGACAUCGUUAACCAGAAUUCAGGAGAUCUCAAACCAAUUGAUAUUCAUCUUAUAGCAAAUAUACUAGGAAAAAUGCUACUAAGUACGAACAUCACUAAAGAACAUAUUGAGCUCACUUCUUGCAUCAUAAGUUAUCUGUUUACUGUAAACAAGCAAAUUUUGGCUGAAGCGCAAGCAAUUUACUCUGCAACAGACAGUAUAUUAUUCACAAUCGAUGAAAUAUUACGACGAUGUGAGGAUGUCUUCGUUGAACCCAUUAUUUAUAAUAAUUUCACAAUAUUAAAAACAGAAUUCAAAUCAGGUAACAUAACAGGUGUCAUACUAGAUGAAUGUGCAAAUACAACUUGCAAAAUAAGCUUUCUGAUGAAUCAAACUCAGAUAAGUGUAAUUUCCACGGAGAGCAUGGAAAUAUCCAUAAUAUUCAGUGAUAAACUAAUGCAGCAGAUUGUUUCAAAUGGGAAUCCUGUUAAAUUGAUUUUAACUGUACAUUUCCACAAUAAUUUUUUCACCAGUGUAUCAAACAAAGAUAUUCAGACAAGUAAAAUCUUGGGUAUUAUAUUAGAUGGACUGGAGGAUCCAGUUUUACAAGGACCAAUUUUAAUUACCUAUAAGGCCAAUCAUUUAAUUAAUGAUAAUAGUAGUUGUUCUUUCUGGAAUUAUCAGGUACAAACUUACAACGGAUAUUGGCAAUAUGACAGCACCCCUACUAACUUUGGCAAUAAAUAUCUGACGUGCGAAUACGAUCAUUUAACACAUUUUGUACUUUUACUUGCAGGCUCUAGUGGCGCGGUUGAUUAUAUGAACAAUAGUCAUAUAUUGGAUAUACUCACAAACAUAAACAGCAUUUUGUCUUUACUAGGCCUUUUCGGUAUAUUAUUGACCGCUGUACUAUUCGACAGAUGGAGAAACAAUACAGGAAAUCAAAUUUUGAUUAAUUUCACAGUAGCUGUAUCCAUAAAAAACGUUAUGCUCUACAUCAGUGAAGGAGUUUAUACUGAAAAUAAUUCUAGCAUGGGAUGUACUAUAACUGGUGGUAUUUUACAUUAUUCUAUACUUUCGGAAUUUUGUUGGAUGUUGAUUAUAGCAAUAUUACAAUUUAAAAGAUUCGUAGAAGUUCUUGGAGGACCUCUCAAAUACGUUUUGCUCAAAGCUUGUAUUUGUGGUUGGGUAUUUCCAUCCCUCCCGGUAUUUCUUAUUAUUAUCAUUGAUGUUAAUAACUACAACGCUAGUAAAGUAGGUUUGUGCUAUCCAUCAGGUUUUGGUUUAUAUUUAGGGGUUUGGCUCCCUCUGUUAGUGAUAAUAAGUAUAAAUUCCAUAAUUUUUGUCUUUAUACUUUACAAUGUUUUCCAUAAAAAAACCGAAUACAGAGAGCAAGUGAAUCAUGAAAUUAUAUUUCAAUGGCGACUCGCUAUACUCCUAUUCUCUAUGUUGGGUCUAACUUGGGUUUUCGGAUUUCUAGCUUUAUUAUCUUCGGUUACAAUAUUUGCAGUAAUUUUUUGUUUUUUGGCUACCUUACAAGGGUUCAUAAUGUUUUUGUUUUUUAUUGUCUUCAACAAAAAUACGAGAUACAUGUAUAUACAGGGUUUUAGUUGGUGGAUGUAUUCUAAGGGUUAUAAAGACAGAUUGCAUUAAACCAAAUAAUGCAAAUAGCGGUUGACCAGUCAUCAUGUAUACGAAGAUGGUCUCAGAAGUAUCUGGCCCGACCUGAAUAUGACGGUAGUUGCUUGAAAAAUACCAUAGAAAUUACACAAUCUAUGCAGUAUGUGUUUAGAGUUUUAAGACGCCACGUUGUUUGGUAUUUGUUUGUAUUUGAACGUUUUCAGUGAAUUUGUGAACAUAGAAAACAUUGGUCAUCGUUAUGUGACACAUACUUCUAUUUGAAAGGCCUUAGCCCAACUAAUAUAGAAGCUGGACUAGAUUCUACUGUAAGUGCAGUACGAGGCCGUAUGACCUGCGAAUACCAGCAUCCCAAUAGUCGACCAAAUGAGGUGACGACUCAAGAAAUGUCGAAGAAAAUACACAAAGCGGUACUGGACGAUCGUCGACUGCAAAUUUGGACAUGAGAAAACUGUGCGCAAGAUGGGUGCCACGUUUUCUCACAAUGAAACAAAAACAGCGUCGAAAAUGUUUCCAACGAGUGUUUGGCCAUAUUUUAGAUAAGUAAAGCCGAAUUUUUGCACCGUUUCUAACCAUGGAUGGAACAUGGGUCAAUAACUUCAUACUCAAAACAAAAGAACAAUCAAAACAAUGGACUGAUGAGGGGAUACCGGCUCCAAAAAAGGCAAAGACCGUUCCAUAUGCAGGCGAGGUCGUAGCGUCAGUUUUUUGGGAUGCGCGUGGAAUGAUUUUCACUGACUAUUUUAAAAAGGGAAAAACUAUCAACGGCGAGUACUAUGCAAACUUAUUGCAACGUUUGAGCGAAGAAAUCAAGCAAAAACGGCCGCAUCUGGCUAAGAAGAAAGACAAUGCACAAAAUUAAUGGAUUAAAGUUUGAAUUGCUAACUGUAUUCACCAGAUUUAGCCACCUUGGAUUAUUUUGUAUAUUGUUUGGAGCUGAACGCUAGUAUUUUAUUUUUUGGGACAGGUACUUGUGCGACCACCCUCGUAAUUGGAAUGGACUGAAAAUCUGAAAUGAAAUAAAAGUUUCAGGACCGGCCUAUUUUAUCACGUGAAACUCACAACCUAAUAGUAGUUGUUCUUUCUAAAUAUCGUC